AUGACGUCUUUUCUGGCGCCCAAAACGCCUCCUUCCUGUCUUCCCAAACUGCGCCUGAAGCUACUACCGCCGCCACCGCGAGUCCAGGUAGCUCGCCGGCGCCAAAGGUGGGGCUGCCGUGGCCUCCUCAGGCGGCGCCGCCGGCCACCUCCGACCAGCCAGGGAUGGCUGCUGGCCACCUGUUGCCGGCUGCUGGCCGUGCCUGGCCGGCUACUGCCGCACAGGGCCGACGACUGCCCCACACUUGGUGGCCACGGACGGCCAGCCAACAGGCGCCCAGGCUGCCAUGACCCAAGCCACAGCCAGAACAAGUGGGAUAAAUUAGAGGCUGAUCAGACCAUUUGGCUAAAGUUGAAGAGGAGGCAAAUAGGUACUGAUUGGAAUAAUGCGACAAAAACAAUUGACAUGGAGAUUGAGUGGUGGAAGAAGGCAAGAAAUGAUAUAUUCCAGGGUGUGGCAAGUUUAGGAAAAAGCCUCUCCAAAAUGAGGAUUUGCUUAGGAAAAUGUUUAGAAAUUACAAAUGUGGAAGCAGAUCAUUGGAACCCUAUUAGUGACAAUCCUAUUAUCCCUAGUACUCAAGAGCAACCUUUUGAUGUAGAUAGUGAAUAUGGAGGUGGAGAGAAUAUUGCCCAAGGUGACCCAUUUGAUGCCAACAUUUUAGGGGGAUGA